UGAUUUCUCAUUCACUCGGCGGCGGACGGCGAGCCCGCACGCCCUGCCGCGUCGCAUUUCCCGGUUUGUUUGUCAACAAGAAGUAAAUAUGUAGCGAGUUCAGUGGUUUUUGGUGACAUAAACAUUGUGUUUGUAAAUGCUGUAGUGUUGGAAGAUGGACGGUGCUAACGACUCGGACCAUUCUAUGACUUGGGAGGAUUUUUUCGGUAGCACGACAGACCUUACACCAACACUAAUAGGCAUAUACGACUCCUUGCUAGAGCCCAAAAGCCUAAGACCAGAAGCUAGCGCUCUAGAGAAGGCUAAAGACGCAAGAAAUGACCCACCAGUAGACCUUAUGAUCGAAGAAACGCCUAAAGAUCCCUCCAAGAUGGUAGGCAGUGUCAAACUACCCAUAGCAGCAGUCAACAAAAGUUCUUUAUACAAACGGUGCAAUGGUGAAAGUGAUACCAGUGAAAAAGUGCAAAGGACGUUUAAAGAUAAAGUUUCAGAGACAUCUACAUUUGAUCAUUUAUCGCCGAAUGUCAAAAGGAUGAUCUCAAGUGCAACAGAGACUACUACGUUAAAGUUUCAAAGGAAAGGGAAUAACGCUAGAAGUUCUACUAGACAACGAUCGAAUAUACCUCUGUUUGGAGCGACAUCGAAGCUUACCCAGUCAGGUGUUGAUAUCUUAGAUUCUGUAGAAAUUUACGAUCAACCCUGUGGUAUAAAGAGCUUUGGUAAAAAAGUUGAAGAAGAAUCUCCAUCGAAACUACCUUUAAAGCCUGAUUUUAGAAUAGAUGAACAAACAACAUACGAUGUCCCAACGAAUAAUAGACCAGCAAUUUACGAUGUGCCUGUAGCAAAUAAGACAGCAUUCGAAUCUCUAUCAUUACCAUACAUCGACCAAUCUAUUGAGCUCUCUAUAUCUUCAAACGAUAGAGAAUUCGAUAUUAAACUGUCAUCAAAAGACAAUUCACCUCAAAAACCAGUAAAGACCGAAGUGCCUUCAGAUACAUUCCCAAAUGGAACCAAUAGUUUAAAUAGAAAAGACUUUGUUAGUAAGAGUGAGAGUCCGUCAAAAUUAGCCAAAAGUGGUCCUUAUCCCGAAGCAGUAGGAUCGACUGGUAAUUUGAAAACGAUACCCACGAAAGAGACAUUGCAUCCACCGCCUGUAGAAGUGACUAGACCGCUUUCUAUGAGUUCCAUUGCUUCUUCUAGCUCGACAUCAAGUAGUGGUGUCCAGAAUAAAGGAGGAGUGAACUCUGCGUAUUUGGCGUCUAUCGAAAGUUUGGAUGACCAUAGUGAUGCUGAUAUGGCUUCGGCGAAUGGUAGCAAUAAUUUUGUGAAUAGUGCGGGAAUUUUGAACAAAAGUGCGACAGAGGAGAGACACACGGAGGCUAUACCACGCCAAUCCUGGAACGAGGUGUCAGGCCUGUCGCAGCUGGAGCGCGUGUGCGCAGAAAUCGUGCAGACGGAGAAUGUCUACGUCGAGGAUCUGCGGCAAGUUGUUGAGGGCUAUCUGCAUGAGUGGCGCCGUUUCACCACGUUCUCUGAAGAUGAGCUGACAGAGCUUUUCAACAAUAUAGAGGAUAUCUACAAUUUCAACAGAUCUCUCUGCGAAGAGCUGAACACCUGCCGCCUCGACGCCACCAGCAUCGCCCGUUGCUUCGUCAACAACACGUCCGGCUUCUCCGUGUACACAUCUUAUUGCACCGGCUACCCGCGCACCAUGGCUCGACUGGCAGCACUGGCUGGCAAGAGCCAGAGUGCCAGAGAGUUUAGGGAGAGGCAGCUGGCUCUAGGGCAUCCGCUGCCGUUGGCGAGUUACUUGUUGAAGCCGGUGCAGAGGAUAUUGAAGUAUCAUCUGUUGCUACAGAACGUGGUGAAGCAAUGUGCGACAAGAGAGACGGAGUUCGCUCUAAUGCAGAUGACGGGCAUCGCGCAACACAUCGACGACAUGAAGAGGAGACACGAACACGCUGUCAGAGUACAGGAGAUACAAUCGCUCCUGUACGGCUGGACUGGACCGGACCUGACCACGUACGGGGAGCUGUGUGCCGAAGGGACAUUCAGAGUAUUCGGCGCGAAGGCGAUGCGGCACGCCUUCCUCUUCGACAAAAUGCUGCUGGUGACGAAGAACCGUGAAGACGGGAUCCUUGCAUACAAGUCACAUAUCAUGUGCAACAACAUGAUGCUGGUCGAAUCCAUCGCGGGCGCCCCUCUCUCCUUCCACGUCAUCCCGUGGGACGCGCCGCGCGCGCAGCUAACACUGCAAGCGAGGUCACCGAGACACAAGCGAGAAUGGACCUUAUUACUAAAGCGGGUAAUAUUGGAGAACUACAAUGCAGUGAUCCCGUCCCACGCGAGACAACUUGUGAUGGAGCUCGGACAGAAUAAAACUGAUGAUGAUAUGCUGGCAGAAAAGUCUCACAACCUAAUAACGCAAGCAUCAAUGAGGAAACAACUCUCGGCCCCAGAAUACCUCGAGAAACGGAAGCUAGAGCGAGAGAGAAGAAAAUCCUUCGAGAACGGAGUGAGAGGUAGAAUGAAGAAGAACAUGAAAUACAGCGUCCCUAACAGCAGAACUGGUACUCAAGACUGCGACUGCGCACAGGUAUCUUUAGAAAAAGGGACGGACUAUACAUGCGAUAGCUGUUAUAUAGAUCUCUGCUCUGACUGUGAAGCAGAAAUGACCAAAAAAGAUAAAGAUUGUAGCUGUAGCCAUGAUGAUGGUAAAGAAAAAUGCCCGGAAUGUGACAGAGCAUUACAGUACAUUGAUUCAGGUAGCGCUGAACAUUUAGAAAGAAAACAAUCUGUUUGUAAAUGCUCCGAUUUCAAAUCCUCUCAAGAAAGCUUUGCGAAAGAAUACAACGGUUCUUUGAAUAAAAUCAGAGGAUACCAUUCUUCUGAUAAUAUUGUAGGUUACACUGACGCUAAAAGUAAAGAUGAUCUUAGCGACACUAAUAACUCGUUAGUAAACGUUAGGAAUAUACCUAAAUCGUGUCUAAAAUGCGCGAAGAUCAAAGAAAAUAUAGUGACCGAUUCAACUAGUACUAUACAUUCGAGGAAAUCUAGGUGUAAUGACAAUGACAAACACAAGACAGAUACGUUAAGGUCCAAGUCUAAAGAAGAUCCUCAACGAUCUAAAUUGUCUAAAAUAGGUACGUGGAGACGAAAGUCUGAACCUGGUUUACAACAAAACACAGGUAUCAUGAUUAAGAAAAACAUGGAUAGUGAUACUGAUAGAAACGAAGGGAAAGGCACAGAAAAGAUCGAAUUUGAAUGUCGUAACUGUGGUUCGAAUAAAAUCACAAGAAAAGUAAAGAAUAGCGAAGGUGUCAUCAUAUCAGACCCUGAAGUUGAUGCUAGAAAGGGCAGUAACAGUAGUUUGAAACCAACGAUUGAAAUAAAGAUGUACAACACAAAGAAAGUACCAAAGAAAAUAUCGAAAUUAAAGAAAAACAGAGCAAAUGGAUUACGAUUAGGGACCGACACCACUGCAAAGUUCUAUGCUGAUUUUUCAACAGACGUGUCCACUGAAAAUAUUUUACACAUUUCUGAAUCUACUGACAGUCUGAAUGUUGACAAAUCCAAGGACAGUACACCUAGUUCAGUUGUGCCAGAAACUAUAAGUAAAGACGAAGACAUUGACGAAGAAACGUAUAAAAAGUUAAUAGAAAAGACGGAUUCUUUUAAAAAGAACGAACUAGAGAAAGUCAAGUAUUUAAACAAGCAGAAAGUAAUAAAUGAAGGGUCUGAAACUGAAGAAAAAAUUGAAACAAGAGAAGACGUCCCGAGUGGUGAGGAUGCAGAACAACCUUUGGAGCAAAUAAUAUCGCAACUAUUGAUGCAAAAUAGGGAGUUCCAGAAGUUAUUAAAGAAACAACAGCUACGAAACAGUGCUCAAAGAAGGCACCAGAGACUACUUAAGUCGCAUUCAAAUCCUGAACAGCCAAUAAAUAAACCUAAAUAUUGCCGGCAAGCUUCUGAAACUUUACUAGUAAGUAAAGACGAACCAGACGUACAAGUAUUAAGUCCUCCCAAUGAAGUAAAUGAUGCAUCCGAUGAUGAUCAUAUUUAUGAGACUUUAAGAGUAGAAAACAGAGUUGACGAUGGUUUACAUACAUUAAACUCUAAAAGUAAAUCUAUUCAGCAUACGUCUCAUGUUCCCCGACCAAAAAGAAUACCUUCACCGCCAAAUGCUACCACUAAAGUAAAGAAUGUAGAAUCAGAUUACGUUUACCUUUCUUUUGAUAAACUGAACAAACUACAAGACAGUGAAGGCAUAUAUGACGUACCUGUCAAAUCUCCUGAAAAGGUCAAAUCUCAAACUGAUGAAUGUUAUGAGACAAUGGAACAUCGUGGUCCCACUAUCGAUAAUAGUACUGAAAAUCUUUAUGAUAGCUUAAUGGAAAUCUGUAGAAGAAAGAAAGAGACACCAAACACACUACCCGGGGAUUACUUGCCUAUGAGUCCCGACCAGCAAAGUCCUAAUACACCAGAGAUUUGGCUUAGUCGACAAAAAGAACAUUUCAAUGUAUCAAGAGACAGAAAAUCUGGUUCUUUGCCAAGGAGCUUCCAAGUUAUAACAAAUAAUCAAGAGGAAAAUGCGUUAACCUCAUUCAAAUGUAAACCUAACAGUAACAGUAAAACGUAUUUGAAUAGAGAUGGAAAAGUUAUGAGUACAGAUAGACCAUUCACGAUUGCAUCAGACAAAAGUGAAAUUAGUUAUGACGAUGUUGAAAAUUACAUGAGUGAAGGAGACAUACUUAAAUUCAAUAAAACCACGAACUCUAAUGACAGUGAUUACGUACAAAAUAUCAGUCAAUCUACAUUAGAACUAGAACAAGAAAUAGACAAGUGUUACAAAAACAAUUUCGAAAAGGAUCUCGAUGCUAAUAAAAAUGAAAAUUUGCUUACUGUUUCUCAGCCAAACCUGAAUACAUCUACCACGUCAUCAUGUGAAGUAUUGCCGUUAGAAAGCAAUGAUGACAAGAAAGAAAUUGAUGUCAUUCACCCGGAACAUAAGAUUUACAAACCAACCAGCAACAUGUUAUCUCUUAAAAAUGUUUUAAGUCGUUUUAAGAAUAGGUCGCCUCCGAAAAAUACUGAAGAAGAAAUUAACGCUAAUGAUCAAAGUAGUCCAGAAAUUAAAACGGACGCAAAGAGCCCUACGAGUGAAAAGCGACCUGGCUUAAAUCCAAGAAGUUAUUCCAAAAACCUUUUACAAAGGUUUAGAAGUAUUAUAGGCGACGAACAUGCAGACGACAAUCAAAAUAGGACUGAAACUAAAAAAAUAGCUGAUGAUAUAAAAAAUCCAGUGAAGACAGAUAUAAAAGUAGUGAUCACUUCAACAGAUGCCAGUCCCACGACAUCUACCGUAGUGUAUUCUGCCAACAAUGAUCCUAUGAGUAAAAGUGUCUAUGAGCAAACUACUUUGACAGAAAGUCAAAACGAAAAGAACAAUUUAGAGACUUUGUCACACAGUUGUGACAAUAUUCCUCAGAAACCAGAAGUAAUCAGACCAAAUUACGAAAAGAGCGUAAGUUUGGUGACUAACAUAUCAAAUGCUUCUUCUCCGUCCAAAUCUACUAGUAAUUCCUAUCAGAGCUUAAAUAAACUACCAAUUUAUAUGCAAGGAAGUAAACAUUUAGGGGCCAGGAUAGCACAACGCGAAUAUGCAGAUCCAGUCACGUUAGUAAAAGAAAAAUCUGCCUUAAAGAAUGUUAAUGUACUUAUUAAUAAAAACGCCGUUAGACCUGACAGUUUGUUUUCAAAUUCGUCAUUUGUUACUACGUCCAGUGAAAGUGCAGAUCAAGAAUUAAAGCAAGAUGCUAAAAAGGAUAACAAUAAAGAUAAAUCAAUUAAUGCAAAUUCAGAUGAGAGUUUCUACGAAAAGUCAUUUGAGAAAAUAGAACAUGUGGUUGAUGAAGAUGUGUAUAGGGAUUCAGCUGUGUAUUCCGACCAAGAAGAAGUGGAAGAAUCUAAAACUGAAUCGUCUGAAGUAAAAUCGGUUAGCAAAUCUGUUUCGAGAAUAGAAAGUAUCAAACACAGUUCCUCAUUUAGAGCACAAAGGGUAACUGUGACAUCUAGUGUUUGUAAUACUAAAGCUACAGUAGCAAAGAAAAUUCCUGAAGCUAAAACUAAAACUGAACAGAAAGCUUUAGAUAAAGAUAAGCCAAAAGCCCCUCCUGUUCCAGUCAAACCAAAAAUUACUAACAUCCCUACACCCAUGGUUAAAAAUAUCGCAAUAAAUAAAAAUAACCUAGCAAAAAAUCAAGAUCAGUCAUCAUCAUCAGAAUCAGUUAACAUGAAAACUAUUCGUAGAAACACUAGUUACAUUCACAAAAUAAAAUCUGCAACAACAGAACAAAAUACCGAAGGCAAAGUCGAAGUGAAAGUAAACGAAGACGCUAAAGAAGAAACAGAUGGUUCUGGAAUACCUAAGCCAACAGGUAAUAUACAAAUUAAGAGGCUAAGUUUUGAAAGAGCUAGUCUCGACUCUGCAACGAGAAAAAUAAGGACGAACGAAACAAAACGUACGUCAGUAGAACCACAAAAAACGUCAAAGAGUGUUCUUGAGAGGCGAAUGGAGAUAGAAAUGAUGUCGAAAAGCUUGACGAAGCCAAGUCAGAUAGCGAAGAAGCCAGCAGCAAAACCUAAACCGAUUUCUACUAAAGUUGCGAGUUUCGAACGAAGCGUAAGCGAAGUUAGAGGCUCUACUAAAGUUACUAGCUUUGAAAGAAGUGUGAGUGAGGCUAAGAAUGAAGUAUUAGUUGAGGCUACUGUUUCGAAUGAAGAAAAUAGGGAAGAGUGUAAGACGGAAGUUAGCGAUGAUCCGAAAAGUAGUUGGGUGAAGCAGGUUGUUAAUAAAUUCCAAUAAGCUUAUUUUGCUGAGCACCACAAAUGAAUUCGAUCUUGAGAAACACAAAAUUUGACAAAUGACUAAAGCAGCGGUUCUCAAACUUUUUUGGUGACCCUUUUGGAAAGCGAAAUAUUUGACGGAACCCCAAAUUAAAAAUUUUCGUUCGUCACUGUGGACCAGAUAUACACCUAUAGAACAGCUGGUUUUUUUCUUAUUAUUACAAGUAUUUUCGCGGAACCCCAACAGAGGCUUUGCGGAACCCUAGGGUUCCGCGGAACACACUUUGAGAAUGGCUGGACUAAAGUAAUUGCAAAUCGAUUUAGUUUCAUGCAUUAUGUAUUUGACAGAAUUGUAAAUGCGUUUGAAAGUAUGCGAGUAUUUUGACAAUGUAACGAAAAAAAGUUUGUUAUUAAAAUGUCAUGAAUGUUAGUGUUGUCAAGUUUUUAGUGCUCCAAACAGAAUACAAAAACGUAUCAGUUAGCUAUUGUUAGACGCAAAUUAUCGAAAAACAAGUGGUCAUAUUUUUUCGUCAAAUAAGUUGAUAUUUUAGUAUUUGCUCUCGUUUAUUAACGUAAUGUAUUGCAUUUAACGUCCGUCUGGUUUUGUACACCACUGUUUAAAUCCAUUAUACAUGUAGAAGUACUUCUAGAUGUAAGCGUAAUUGUUGAUUGUAAAUAUUUUAACUAUCAAACCUCCCUGAGCUUUGAUAUCUUGUGCCAUAGACAAAAGAAGAUAAUUUAGUAUAUUUUAUCUAUAUUCUAUACUCUACGCACAAAAUAAUGGACACGCACAAAGAGGUAGCGUCGAAAUUUAUGACGAAAAAUUAUCAUUUGACAUUUAAUCUGCUAUAUGUAUCUUUGUGCAAUCCUUUAUAUCUUAUGCUCACUAUGUAAAUAAAUUUGUUAAAAUGCUUAUUUUGCUAUGUAUUUAUUCAAAAGUGCCAUUGCAAAUGAUAUCUCAUUAGGUAUAUACACAAAAAUAAUAUUUUCCGUGCAAUUUGAUUAACGAUUUACUUAAAAGUAUUUAUUUUUUUAAUAGAUUUAGUUUUUGUUGUAUACUGGGUCAAGCAGAUCUUGUCAGUAGAAAAAGGCGGCAAAUUUGAAAAAUGUAGGCGCGAAAGGAUAUCAUCCCAUAGAAAAUUUGAAUUUCGCGCCUUUUUCUACUGACAAGAUUUGCUUGACCAUCUAUAGUUACUAACACCAAAAAGUAGAUUUUGUUUAUAGUAUUAUUUUUACUAAUUUUUUACGAUACGUUGCUGUUUAUUUUUUAACCUUCGACAUUAGUUUGUUAAUUUCAUUUUCGUGUAUUAGUACAUUGUCAUUGUCAUUUUGUUUUAAUAGAAGUAUUGUAAGACAUUUUCUGAAUGUUAUACUUAAUUUGUCGAGACUGCUAGGAAGAUAAGACUAUAAUUAUAUCAAUUAACGAGUUUUAACCCUAAUCCAACUAAAAUAAUCAGAAAUAUAUGAACUUCUCAAUUGAUUUACACUACGUUUCUUACCGAUACCUGUCAAAGCAAGAAAUAAUUAACCUUUUUAAAUUAGUUUAAAAUUCCGUUGCACUCAGACAUUAAAAAUGUAAGUAUUAUUAUAUUUUUUACCUUUUAUAAAAUUUAAAUUCAUAUAUUUCUGGUAACACAAUCAUAGUUAAUUUGAACUAACACGUUAUAAUUAAUUGCAUACACUAUAAAAUAAAAUAGCAAGAAUAUUUUUUAUAAAAUGUCAAGUUAUAUCCCAACGAGUUAGACCAAGAGCCAGUAACUCAAAUAAUCACUUUUUUGUAACAUUUUUCUAUUCACGUUAAGCCUUGCUGGCAAGGAAAAAAAAACGACUUAGAGUUACUGGCUUUAAUGAAAAGGAAUUAUGUAUUACAAACGUCUAACAUGAAAUCAUGUCACGUGUUCUUUAAAAUUAAACGUAAAUUGUACGUUCUUUUUCUUUUUCUCCGUUUCUCAAAAAUGUGUAGCGAAAGGGAUAGAACGAUAAGAUAAUGUUUGAUGCAGUUUUUUAUGGAACUGAAUAAUACAUAUGUACCUACACUACUUACAUGUAAGGUAGCAACGAUUAGAUAAGUAUUACUAAUGAACUUUACAAUGUCAAGGUAGCCUUUGAUAACAAUAAAACAUUUUUUCUUAA